AUGUGGGCACAAGCAUUUAAUGACUUACAGAGUAAUGUAAAUGGGGAAAUUAGAAAUAUACUUUCUAGUGGUAGAGUUACGGUACUAAAAGAGCUGGAAGCAGUUGAUGGUAUUGUGAAGCACUUGUAUCCUAUGAUCCAAGAUGACGUGGCCCUCGCAGAAGAAGAAGCAUUCAAGAAUUCUACUUCAGAUUUAGAAAGGAAGGCACAGAAUCUUUCCCAAGGACUUGAUCUUCUGACCAAGGAAGUGGAUGGGUUUUUCCAAAUCCUUUUGACUGGACGCGAAGCCUUGCUUUCUAAGCUGAGAUCAGGUGGAGCAGUCUCUGACCAGAUGAUGAUGGGAAAUGUAGAAGGGCAGGUUGUGAGGUGA